AUGCGUACUGAAAGCAGAUCAUUGGCCAAGUAUGAAAUCCAUCCUCCUACACCUUCAAUAUUACCUAGUUUUGAUAAAUCAAGAUAUAAGAGAUAUUAUAUUAUUUUCGCUUCUAAGCUAUUAAAAUGGAUUUAUAGCAUGCUCACACAUAUAUGAUUACAUUAUUUCAUAUCUCUAGUAUAUACAGAAUUUAUAUGGCUAUCAAAUUUGGAUAAUAUUGUCGUAUAAGAUUUAAAAUGAAAUAUAUCUAGCAUUUAUAUGUAAAAUAAGCUAUUUAAAAAAAUAAAAUUAACUAAUUUAGUGCAAUCAAUACUAAUAUUCUAUGUAUUCAUGAUACAUAAUUCUUUAAUUCAAUUAUUUUUUUCUGUCUAUUUAAAAAGAUUACACUUAAAAUCCGAUAAUAAAGAACUCAAGCGUAUUUCUCUAUUAACUCUCUCAUUUAUUAGUCUACCAUAUAAAAUUCUUUAUAUGAAAUAAUAUAUUUAAUAUAUGCGUGAAAAUGCUAUAAAUCGUGUUUUAAAAAGCGUGGGAGCAAAUAGUACAAUAUCUCUUAUAUUUCUGAUUAUCAAGAUAUGCUAGUUAGGUAUUAAGGGGGAGUGGGGAGUGGUGGGGUAUCAUGGUAGCAAGAUCAUUACCAAGGCCAAACGAUUUUAAAAAUCUAGGUCUUUUUAUUUCAGAUGGGUCUCUUCCUCCUUCUGUGGAUUCUCUUUAUACUGUUAAUGAAAAUAAAGUCUCUAGCCCUCGAAUAAUGAGGUUUACUUCAACUGGGCUCCAUGCCAAAUGACAGUGUAUUUUUGAUAGUUUGAUCGAAAUUUAACGUUUUUUUUUAGGUUAAAUGUCUCGCUAUCAAUGAGUUUCGACCAAUUUUCGAACAAAUAUACUUCGGUGAAAUGCAUAAUACCAAAAGUUCACAAUAAUUGGACCAGCACACUUCAACUAUGUGUGCUUCUAAAAAAUCUUUGCAAAAAUCUUUAGGAAUACCUCUCGCAUUAAUUUAUCAGCCUUUAGCUGAGCAGCAGCCAAAUGACUCAAAAAUACCUCUUAUUGAAAGAGAACCUUAUCGAUGUGCGAAGUGCUUGGCUUAUUUGAGUCCUUUUAUGUGUUUUGAGUAUGAUUACUGGCUGUGUGGAGUUUGCAAGACAAAACAAAGGCUUCCUAGCGAAUAUAUUAAUUCAAUCCCUGAAAAAUCGCUUGGUACUUAUGAAUAUUGUUUAAGUGGUAAUUCGAUUAAUGAUGAGAACCCUGUUUUUUUCUUUUGCUUGGAGAGAACAAAAGAAUCGUUUGAAAAUGGAAUGUUUCAGCAUGUCUUACUUUCUAUCAAAUGUUUGUUAGAUUAUAUGCAGUUUCCUGAUAAAACAUCGAUUGGGAUACUAGUUUUUCAUUCAGCCGUAUAUUAUUACAAAAAAGGCACAAAUAAUUACACAGAAAUAGUUGUUAAUGAUUGAGAGGACUUAUUCAUGCCUGAGCCUCUAUCAUUGUUAACAUUUAAUCUAUUAUCUCAGAAGUCUGAAAUUUUCUCACUUAUUGAUUUUAUUUUAUCGAGCAGUCCAUUAGAAGAAGAAUCAAGUAAAAUGAUACCAAUUGAUAUAUUGCUCAAAAUUUUGCAAAACAGCUAUUUUAAGAAUUCAGGAGGCAGAAUGAUUUUAUCCAUUUGCAACAAAAUGAGUAUUAAUCCAAGCAUUAAUUUCGAAAUAAUUGCUAAUGAUUAUAUUAUGAAAAGUGUUUGCAUAGAUAUUUAUUUGGUUGAAUCAGAAGUAUCUAAUGUUAAAUCUUUUUGUGAUUUGUGUGAAGCAACUGGAGGAGAUUUUUAUUUUUACCCACACUAUGAUAAAAAUGUAGCAACAAUUCUUUACUAUAAACUUGCUAGAUCAUUAUUAAGAAACCAAGGAUUUCAGGCCAGCAUCCAAAUUUUCUACAGCAAAGGGCUUAAAAUUAAAAAGAUAAUUGGAAAAUGAAGAAAGCAGAUAAGCAAUGCUGAAUUGAAAAUUUCUGCUAUAGAUUGUGAUAAAACUUUUGUGAUAUUUUUUACCCAGAAUGAAACACUAACCCAUACUGAAUACAUUCAAUGUGUUCUAACCUAUAACGACAGAUCAGGCCAAAGAAUAAUGAGAGUCAGCAAUUCCUUAAUAGUUCCUACAAAGAGUGUAUAUUAUGCACUGCUUAAUUCCGAUACUGAUGCUUGCAUACAUGUGUGACUUAAAAAAUACUCGCUUAAAGCCCUUGAGAAAACUUCAAACAAAAUCAUUGACUGCUUUACAAAUUUGCUUGUGAAAGCAAUUAAUUUGCAUAGAACUUUUUACAAGUCCAAGGAUGUGCCAGGUAUGCUGCUUCCAAAUAAAUUGAAGUAUUUGCCUCUCUUUAUAAAUUCUGCUAUGAAAUUACCCCCAUUUACUUAUACGUUUAGAAAUAUAUCUGCAAAUCUGCUCUUAGCUUGAGCUCAUAACAUAAAGGGCUUAUCAGUUAUCCAGACUCGAUUUAUGAUCUACCCUUCAUGUGCUAAUAUAAGUGAUUUUGGAGACUUUGAUUUCAAAUCCCCAAGAUCUAUAGAUUCAUUAUCAACGACAUCAGUUAUCCUAUUUUUUAAUGGGGAAAUCAUCCUCAUUUUUAUUGGAAGUAAUGUAGAGCCUUUUAUUAUCCAAAAUCUUUUUGGCAUAGGACUAGAAGAGCUAAAAGAAAACGCUGACACUUGAGAGCUUGCACCAUUAGAAACUCCUGAAUCAAGGAAGCUCCACAAUAUAAUUUCUCUAAUACAAGCAGGAAAUAUGAAUAGAGAUAUACCAAUUACCUUAUUUUUUGAAGGUGCUUCAAAUGACUGACUGCUUAGAUCCAUGCUGACAGAAGACAGAAUAGGACAAAUUCCAGAUUACCAAGAAUAUAUUGAUUAUUUAAAUACUCCAUCCAAUUUGCCUAAUCCAAUAUUUAAAUAG